GGUGCACUUUAUAGGAAUCCACGAGCCAUCCAUCGUCUGGUUCCUGAGUACUUUGGAUAUCCAGAUCCCGCAGAUCAACCUCGGAUCCACCAAGUUUCUUGCAGAAGCAUGUCGCAGAACAAUCUUGUUUUCUGGAUCUGCUUGAUCUUUAUAGUUCCACACAUUAAGGCUGCAUAUGAUCAUUAUCGACUGCCAAAUGCCCUCGAACCACAGCACUACAAUCUGCGUAUUCUCACCCACUUAAAUAGCACUGACCAGUGGUUCGAGGGCUCUGUAAAAAUCUAUCUUCUCGCAAGAGAGUCCACCAAAAAUAUUACUUUGCACGUAGCCCACCUAAAAAUAGAUGGGGAUCGAACUUCAGUAAGAUCCGAUCAAGAAAUCAACUGCAUCACUAAUGUUGAAACAAAUGACAUUUAUAAUUUCUACACGCUACACUUGUGUCGAGAACUGGAAAAAGAUCAAAUUUACCAAUUGGAAAUGCACUUUGAAUCAAGGCUUAACAAUUCAUUAAGUGGUUAUUAUGCAAGUAAUUAUACGGAUACAGAUACCAAAGAAGUUCAUCAUCUUGCAGUCACACAAUUUUCGCCUGCGUUUGCGCGGCAGGGAUUUCCCUGUUUUGAUGAACCCGCCUGGAAAUCCACCUUUAACAUCACUUUGGGUUAUCAUAAAAACUUCACGGGUUUGACUGGUAUGCCUGUUAUCGAAUGCCAAACACAUGAAAAUCUUGAAAACUACAUUUGGUGCGACCACGAAACUCUUUUGAGAACCUCGACAUAUUUAGUGGCCUAUUCCGUUCAUGAUUUGAAAAAUGCAGUCACCGAAGAGAGCAAAACUUUUAAUCGAGUGGUUUUUCGAAACUGGAUGCAGCCAAAGUUAUUGAACCAGGAUGUGAUUUCCACAGAAAUGGCUCCCAAGGUGCUUGCCUAUUUUGAGAACCUCUUUCAAGUUAAUUUUCCCCUUAAGAAAGUCGAUCAAAUUACGGUGCCAACUCAUCAAUUUGUAGCAAUGGAAAACUGGGGGAUGGUCACCUUUAGUGAAGAGCGAUUACCCCUUAAUCAGGACAAUUAUUUGAAGCAAAAGGAUGGAUUUGCCGAAACGGUGGCCCACGAGUUUGCUCAUCAAUGGUUCGGAAAUCUGGUCACCAUGAAGUGGUGGAAUGAUCUUUGGUUAAAGGAGGGUACUUCCACGUAUUUCUCCUAUUUGGCUUUAGAUGCUUUGGAUCCCGAAAGGUCAAGAGGUGAACUUUUUAUAGAUGAUAAUUUGGCAAAUUUCUUUGAAAUUGAUUCGGGACGUAAUUUGACCGCCAUAACUAAAGAAGUUAAGGGUCCUGACCAGAUAAGUGGACAAUUCUCACCAUAUGUUUACAAGAAGGGAUCUUUAAUUGUUCGCAUGUUGCACAAAUUGUUGGGAGACGAAGCCUUUUUCCAGGGCAUUCGUUCCUUCUUGAAAAGAUUCUCUUUGGGAAACGUGGUUCAAGAUGAUCUUUGGAAUUCCCUUGAGGAAGCUGCUAUUCAAACGAAUGUUAUAUCCCCGGAUUUCAAUUUAAGUAGGGCCAUGGAUUCGUGGGUCCUGCAGGGUGGAUAUCCUUUGGUAACUCUAAAUCGGGAUUAUAAGACAGGCAAAAUGACCCUUAGUCAAAGCAGAUUUUACGGCGGAAAGGAUUUACCAAUAGAAUCACUUUGUUGGUGGGUUCCCCUGAGUUUUGUUCGCCAAAAUCAACCGGACUUUAAAAAAAUAACCCCACAAUUUUGGUUGGAGUGCCCUUCAUCUAGCCAAGUCUUGGAAUUGCCCAAUCUUCCAACUCCUAAUGAAUGGAUAAUUCUGAAUCCGCAAGUUAGCACAAUUUUUCGAGUUAACUAUGAUAAACAAAACUGGAAUUUGAUUACGGAAAGUUUGAAGAAUGAUGCAAACUUUGGUGGCAUUCACAAAAUAAACAGAGCUCAGUUGUUAGAUGAUAUUAUGGCAUUUGCUGCAGUUAGAUUGCAAAAAUAUGAUGCUGUUUUCGAUCUUUUCGAUUAUUUGAAAAAAGAAAAUGAAUUCCUGCCUUGGCAAAGGGUUGUUAAUAAAUUAAAUCGAUUGGGAGCUUUAUUACGUGGCCAGGAGGCGAAGGAUUUCAAGAUUUACAUGCAAAAGCUACUUAAUGCGUUGUACAAGCGCUUUCCAAAGUUCGCAGGGAUAAUAACAUCAAGUCCGGCAAUCAAAGAUAUGGCCUUUGCCAACUUUGUGUACUCCCAAUCCUGUCGAUAUCACGUGGGUGAUUGCACAAAUCAGGCCAAGAUAUUGGUUUCAAGCCAUCGAAAUGGCUCUCAAAUUGAGUUGCCCUCGGAUUUCCAGAAAACUGCCUACUGCUCGUAUUUGGAAGUAGGAGGGGAAAUGGAAUUUCAGGAGAUAUUUGCACUUUUUCAAAACACCACAGAUGCAACUCAAAGAAGAAUUUUGGCAUCGACUCUCGGCUGCAGUCGCAAUUUUCAGAAUUUUGAACAAUUUCUUAAUUUAACCCUACAAUCCGAGGAGAAAGUCAAUAGCGAAUGCUACAGGUUAGCAGUUCAAACGGCUUUGAAUAGAGAAUAUAUAGUUUCUCAAACUGGAAACUAUAUUCUGAGCCAUGCCAAAAUCAUGGGUGAAAAAUUUAAAGAAAUGGAACUAACACCACUGCUAUCGAGUUUUGCUACAAGUCUCCAGAGCCCAGAGGAAUUAGAAAACCUCAACGUGCACUUGAAGGACCUCAAGGAGUUUAAGAAACCCCUACAAAAAGCACUCGAUAGAGUUCAAACAAACCAAAAAUGGCAAAAGGAUUGCUUGGCUGAUUUCAAGGCGGCUCUAAGGAAACGUAUAUGAAAAGAUUAAUUUUAAAUUAUUAUUGAUAAGUAAUGAUUUUUAAAUUGAAAUAUAUCCGUUUUGAAUGACUUUUAA